AUGCGGCCGCUCUUGAGAUCAAUUCUACUCGCCCGGCCAACUGCCUCACCGUGCAACCUCCGCAGCAUCCGGCAAUUGCACUCCAAUUCGUGCCUUUUUACAAAACCGACAUGCACGCGAAACCCAUUGCUACAACCUCGGCGACUGCAACUGAAGGGCCAGCAGAUCAGAUGGGUCUCAUCCGGCGACAAAAACACCCCCGGCGACAGCAGCAACAGCAGUGCUACUGGAGGAGGGGCAGCUGGAAGUGAAGGUGGAGCCAAUGAUCGCUCUCCCCCUUCACCUUCACCUUCCUCAAAACCACACACGCCUCCAAUAUCCUCACUGCUGAGUCCGGUGUUCAAGAACCUACCCUCCCAGCAGGAUCUUCGGCGCUCGGAGAUGGCAAAGAAGUUUACAAAGGCCAUGGAAGACCUCCAAAUCGCUGUCUUCACCGCCGGCCAAAAACUCAAUGUCCUAACCGGCUACUCAGAAAUCGAAGCUCUCAAAAAGUCCAUUGAAGCCCUAGAGGAAGCCGUCAAAUCUUCGCGUCAAGCAGUCCGCAAUGCAAAGGAAGAAUACCAAUCUGCCAUCGCCCGCCGUUCUGCCAGCCAACGUGAAGUAAAUGAGCUCCUCCAACGUAAGCACGCCUGGUCGCCGUCGGACCUCGAACGCUUCACCGAGCUAUACCGCUCCGACCAUGCGAACGAACAGGCUGAGGUAGCAGCACAGGAGCAGCUUGCUGUAGCAGAGAGCGUGGUGGACGAUAUGCAGGCGAAGUUAAGCAGGAGUAUACUCUCGCGGUACCACGAGGAGCAAAUCUGGAGCGACAAGAUCCGCCGGGCAAGUACCUGGGUUACAUGGGGUUUGAUGGGCUUCAACGUGUUAUUAUUUGUGGUUGUUCAGCUAUGGUUGGAGCCGUGGAAGAGAAAACGGUUGGUUGGGAGCUUCGAGGAUAAGGUUAGGGAUGUGAUCCAGGAGGAGGGGCUCAGAAACGCAUUGUUGAACCUACAUGUUGAACCCGAGGAGGUUGUGCAACAAAUCAUGGAGAUAGCCGGAGAGAGUGGCGUCGGUGCGGUUGACACGGCCAUGGGAGCUGAUACAGCGGCCGUGGUAGAGGGUGAGCCGGUGCUACUCGAGGAGGAUAUCGUCCAUGAUGCUGUCGCUUCUACUACAGCUACGGGAGAGGGUGAGGCAGUAGUAGAGGAGGUUGCGGCCUUGUUGCAGGACGAGCAAGAGAAGAAACCAUUGUGGGAGAGAGACUUUAUGACUGAGGUCAAAAAGCUAUGGCAAUACUGGAACGAAAAGCUGCACGGUCUGUUUAGCGACCAAUCCAUCGCACUGAAACAGGUGGAGUUUACCACUGCGCUGCUCGAGAGUGCUGCAUUUGGAGCGUUUAUAGCGAUCUCGUUGCGGCAGAUUGAUUUCACGGGCAGGAUUCUUGAUAGUACGGCGUUCGGGGCCUUCAUGGCAGCUAUAGUGGGGCUAUUUUUGAGGAGAUAG